AUGAAUUGGGUCCUGAAGUUCAACAGCUUCGCAAAUGCUCAACAUGUAGAUGCUGUGACUGAGACAGUUCACCGGGGAGCCAAUGUGGUCUUCUGUUCACGAGCCCGUGAAGCGGAAAAGGGACUAGCAAUUCAGAGGGACCUGCAGGCUUCUGGGUGCCCAGGGCAAGCUUGCUACCAGGUCUGUGAUGUUCGCAAGGAGUCAGACAUCAAGAGGUUGAUUCGGGUCACUCUAGAACGUUAUGGAUGCCUGGACUGCCUGGUGAACAAUGCUGGAGAUGGUUAUUUACAAUCGUCAAAUGAUAUCACUGCCCAAGACUUUGAAAAUCUCAUGGAACUCAAUGUUGUGAGCUAUUUGCUAUUAACCAAGUAUGCACUGCCCUACUUACGGCAAACAAAAGGAAACAUCGUCAACAUGGGCAGCCUUCACGGUGUUAUCGGGAUGAAGAAUGAUCUGCCAGCUUGA